UGUGCUUGAAACUAAUAGUAGGCGUGGCAUGUGAAAAAUGGCGACUUGAAAUGUUACAUGUGACCGUAAACCGUACUCACUAAGAUUCUGAAGCUCAUCAUCUGGAAAUCAUCUUAUUGUCUUGGUCAUCUUGUCUGGACACAGUUGUCACUUCAACUACCUCAUUGAGCUACUCUAGCCAUCAAAAAUCAGAAGACAUCUAAAUCUCUCAUUCUCUCACAGGGACAUGUCGUACCCUCCCCAGCACAUGGCAGGCCAUGGUUAUGGGUACCCCAUGAUGCCUCCCAUGGGCCAGCCUCCAAUGAUGCCCAUGAUGCCAGGUAUGCCGAUGCAGACUCCAUUGAUGCCUACUCCACUCAAUGGUCCGGAGCACAACUCUUCCACUAACCAAUUUGCCCCUGUCCACGUUCCUAUGUCCACGUCCACUAUGAAGGUAGCCACCACUGUGUUUGUGGGCAAUAUAUCAGACAAGGCUACAGAUACUCUCAUUAGACAAAUGCUCCUGCGCUGUGGGUCGAUUGUAGGCUGGAAGAGAGUGCAAGAUGCGUCAGGAAAACUGCAAGCAUUUGGGUUCUGUGAGUAUGCUGAACCUGACUCCACUCUGAGAGCUCUGAGAUUGCUGCAUGACAGGAAGUUGGGGGACAAGCCAUUGGUGGUGAAAGUCGAUGCAAAGACUCGUAAGGACCUGCUCAAGUACGUCACUAAGAAGAAGAGGGAGAGAGAUAAUGAGACGGCAGAUGAGCAUACUAUUGACCGACUGGUGGCAGAGAUGGAGGGGAAGAGUGACGGUGGAGUCUCCUCACUCACUGAAGUCUUGGACAAUGAAAUGAAGGCUGAAGAUGAUCAGGUCAAUGAGACAGUGAGUGCUUUACUCAAGCAACACCUAGAGGUGCUCACAAGCAACAAGUCCACAGAAGACAUUCAACGUGAGCAUGAUGUGAAAGAGUCGAUCCUCUUCAUGGCCAAACAGUGUGGAACUAUCGAUCCAGAAAGCACCCUAGAUGACAUGGAAAUGGAAGAAGGCAUGAAGACAUUAGUGUCCGAUGAGAUCAAGCGAUUCAGACAAGCAUACAAGCCUAGCGAGUCCAGGAUAAUGGAGAGAAAGAAAUUGGACGACAAAGAUAAACCAACUCGGGACGGAGGCAGAGAGCGUGAGAGGAAUAAUGAGAGAGAGAGAGGACGUGAGAAGGAGUCUCCGCCAAGAGAUAAGGACAGGGGGAGGAGCUCUAAAAGUGAGCGGUCUCGUAGCCCACGUGCAAGGUCUCGUAGUAGUCCCCCUCAGCGUUCUCGCACCCCUCCCCGUUCACGAUCGCAGGAGAGGGUGGAACGUGAGAAGAAGCGUCACCAUGAUCGUGAAAAAGAACGAGAGGACACAGCUCGUGACGAGGAGGACUAUGAAGAGAGGAUGAGACAGAGGAAGCUCCGAUCUAGGGACAAAGCCUACAGAGAGUGUUUGUCUGCUUGGGAAAACAGAGAGAGGAGAAAGCAGAAAGACUACGACAAGGAGCUGGCCGGCGAGGAAAGUAGGAGGGUGGACAUGCAACGUGAGAAGAAGCACCUCGCAGACUUCCUGGAAGAGUACGAUGACAGUAAAGAUGAUCAGAAGUAUUACCGUGGCAGUGCAUUUGCUCGUCGCCGUCGUGAGCGCGAGGUUGAGAUGGAGGAGGACGAGAGAGACAGGAUUAGAGAAAAGAAGGAGAUAGAGUCUCUUAGACUCAAGGCCAUAGAGCGUCAGGCUCGUAGUGUGCUCAAGGACUCGUACCGGAGUGAGAGUGAAGAGGAUUCCCCCAGUGGGCGGAGUGACGAUGAUGACGAUGACAUGCCCAAAAUGGACGUCUCAGAGGACAUUCCCCUCACCAAGACAGGCUUCACCAACUCCUCCUAUCCACCCAUACAGGUUCAACCAGCACCUAAUGUUGAUGCUCCUCCAAUUAAAACACUCCCCAAGGAACCAGGUAUCAUGAUUUCAGCAUCAUUUAAAGAGGAGGCUAUAAAGAGCGAAGACAGUCCAGCACAACAAGCAGGAUCGCCUCAAGUCUCAAAAUUUUCAAUUGGACUCAAAAAAGCUACAAGCUAUAAAUCCUCCCCACCUUCUAACCCCCCUCAGUCACAAACAACCAAACUAGAGGCAGUUUUCAGCGCUGAAACUGAUGAAGUUGAAGAGAAACCCAAGAAAAUGCUUGUGCCUAUAGACUACAGUGAUGACGAGGAAAAUGCACCAUACACCAAGGACAGGAGACUCUCGACAGAAGACAAGAAAAAGAUGGUUCAGAAUCUGGUCAAUAGUAUCCCGUCUUCGAAGGAGGAAGUGUUCAAGUACACACUGAGAUGGGAGCAAAUGGAUUCUAAUCUAAUAGAGAAGAGAGUGAAGCCGUGGAUCAACAAAAAAAUCACCGAGUACAUUGGAGAAACUGAGCCCAUUCUCACAGAGUUCAUCUGCAACAAGCUCUCCUGUCACAUCCCCCCAGCUGACAUCCUCUCCGAUAUUGGAAUGGUGCUGGAUGAUGAAGCAGAGAUGUUUGUGGUGAAACUAUGGCGACUGCUUAUCUACGAGACUGAAGCCAAACAUUUAGGAAUAGCCAAAUCUUAUUAAAACUCUUCUUCCUAUUUGAAUUUUCCAUGCAUAACAUGUUUAUUUUGUGCGCAUGUAUUAUAACAUUAUGUAUCAAUUCUAAAGUUGUGAAUUUUUUCUUGGUCAUUAUAAUUAUGUAUAUUAUCGAAGUCAAAA